AUGUUAGAUUCUGUUUCCAGAAUCCGGCCAGCAGAGCAGGAGACCGGGCAGCCGUCAGUCCACGAGCCGCAGAGGAGAAGCGGAGGAGAGACGCGCAGCAUCAUCACCCCGGAGGAGAGCCGCAGCAUCAUCGCCCCGGAGGAGAGCCGCAGCAUCAUCACCCCGGAGGAGAGCCGCAGCAUCAUCACCCCGGAGGAGAGCCGCAGCAUCAUCACCCCGGAGGAGAGCCGCAGCAUCAUCACCCCGGAGGAGAGCCGCAGCAUCAUCACCCCGGAGGAGAGCCGCAGCAUCAUCAUCACCCCGGAGGAGAGCCGCAGCAUCAUCACCCCGGAGGAGAGCCGCAGCAUCAUCAUCACCCCGGAGGAGAGCCGCAGCAUCAUCGCCCCGGAGGAGAGCCGCAGCAUCAUCACCCCGGAGGAGAGCCGCAGCAUCAUCCGAGAGAGCCGCAGCAUCAUCGCCCCGGAGGAGAGCCGCAGCAUCAUCACCCCGGAGGAGAGCCGCACCGCCGCCUGCGUCAUGACAUCGGGGGAGUUCAUGCAGAGCGCCCCGCUGCUGGCGCCCCGGUCCCCGCGCAGCCUCCUGUACAAGGCGCUGUGCUUCCUCCUGCUCGUCUUCCAGGGCGGCGUGCUGGACUUCUACCUCAUCAUCUUCACCGACCUGUACUGGUGCUCGUGGAUCGCCACGGACCUGGUGGUGAUCUCGGGCUGGGGGAUUUUCUUCAUGAAGAACGCGCGCAGCAAGCGGGAGCGGGCCUGCGGCUUCCACCAGAAGAGCUCCGUCUUCGGCUGCAACCUCGGGGAGUUCACGUACGCCUACCUGGCCUGGCUCAUAUACGUCAUCGCGUGCACCCCGAAGGUGGUGCUGAUCCUGGAGACGUCCAUCCUGGACCUGAUCGAGCUCAAGGUCCCGUGCGGGGUGACCGGCUUCAAGAUCGUCGUGCUGCUGUCCGCGCCGCUCCUCUUCUGCCUCAUCAGCGCCAUCAUCGAGGACCUGAACGGGGCCACGCGGCACCGCUCCCACGGCUGCUUCAUGAGCACCUGCGUGGACCUGCUGGACAGCUUCACGCUGGUGGAGAUGCUGCUGAGGAGCGAGAUCCCCACCGCGUACCUGAAGUACACCGUGGUGUCGGUGUACUUCGUGGUGCUGGCCGCGCCGGUGAUCUGGCUGUACGAGCUGACCGCGUCGGAGCUGCGCUGCCGGUGGCUGUGGGCCCGCUUCUGCGCGGGCCUGCUGGUCAACGCGCCGCUGCUCGUGGUCAGGUGUUUCCAGGUGUACGUGUACGGGAUGCCGGUGUCGGUGUUCAUGUUCAAGAACAUCUUCUUCCUGGCGUGUCGGCUCCUGGAGCUGGUGGAGCAGUGCGCGGCGGUGCGCGGCGCGCGGCGGCGGCUGGCCGGCGACGGCAACCCGGCCGAGUUCUCCCACUGCGUGUCGGAGAACGACAUGUGUCCACACGGGUACGUCAACACCCUGGCGGUCACCCAGUCCUAG